AUGGAUGAAAUACAAUGGGUUCACAAUUCGAUCAAUGAAUAUUCUAAUGGUUAUCAUUUAAAUGGUUACUCUAAUGAUCACGGACAUAAUAAAUCGAGAGGAGGUGGAGAGAAUAAAAAAUAUAAAAGACAACAUUAUCAACCGCAAUAUAUUGAGUUUAAUUUGAGCGGUAUAAAUAUCAAUGAAUAUAAAGAAUCGGCAGAAAUAGGAAUAAAUGAUUAUAAAUUAAGAUUUCGGUAUAAAUAUCUUGAGGAAGGAAUUUCUAUUUUUCUAAAUGAAAAUAAAGGAAAAAUUUAUAUUCCUUUAGAAGCUUUGGAAGAUAUUUCUAAAGUUCAUUUAAAUCUUAUCAUAUUAACAUUGAAAGAAAAUGCAAUUGGUUUGAUUUCAUAUAGUUCAAGAGAAAUCUUUAUUAACGACGAUCCAAUUCGUGAAAAUUUGACAACAACCAUUCACGUUUAUGCUCAAGAUUCAACACCACAACAAGCCAUCGAUAUGACUGGAUUACAUAUUAAUUAUAUUGUGAAUAAAAACAAGACAAAGAUCCAUAAUGAAAUUCAAGCGUAUCAUAUGAUUGAUGAAGAAUUAUUGAUUAAAUGUCAUUUAGCUGAUGAAAUUCGUAUCUUGUGUUUCAAUUCUCAAGAACUUCUUGAAGAUAUCAAGUAUACAAUUAUGAAUGUUUUGGGAAUUUCGGAAAUAAGUAAAAUUCGUUAUAAAGAUGAUGAUGGUACAGGUACAGUAUUAGUAUAA